CUUAGUAUUUUGCAUUCUUUUUUACUGCAAAAAACAGAAGAAUUUAGAUAUAUAUUUUCUGAAUUUUCUGUAACUUUAUUUUACUGUGCAUCCAGGGAGCAUAAAAUACUUCACAUAUUAAUUCCUUCACUUUUUUAGAUAUUACUGAUGUAAGAAAACAUGGUUCAUAUUGAAAAGUUUGAGCUGUUUACUUCUCCUGACAAAGGGAGAGGUAUAAGAGCAACACACGAUUUAACAGCUGGUGAAGAAGUGUUUGUUGAAAAGCCUCUAGUCUAUACAUUGACAGGUCAUAAUUACAGAGGUCGCAGGUGCGAUUUUUGUUUUGCUGAGCCAGAAGAGUUACAAAAAUGCUCGAAAUGUAAAUUUGUAUUCUACUGUGGUCGCAAUUGCCAACUUGGAGAUUGGCCAGUCCAUAAAAAAGAGUGCAAAUGUUUGUUGAAGGUGUCACCCAAACAACCUCCAGAUAUAUGUAGACUUGUCAGCCAUAUAUGCUUUAAGUACUAUUGGAAUAAAGGUGAAAAUGAUGUGUCAGGUCGCAGUGACAUUGAAAACUUGAUAGGAAAUCGAGAUCAUAUAACUAAUUCAAGGAAGGAAGCUUUCUUUACAUUUGGUGCAGUUUUGUUUGAGUAUUUGAAAGAUUGUCCGUUAAAACUUAAGGAAGCUGAUAUUUAUGGGUUGUUGUGCAGAAUAUCCUGUAACAGCUUUACUAUUACUAAUUCAGAACUAAACUCUUUAGGCACUGGUGUUUACAAGACUGCUUCUUUUAUCAAUCAUUCCUGUGAUCCUAACUGCAUUGCUUUAUUCAAUGGUCCUGAUAUAUCUAUUCGAUGUAUUAAAAACAUUGCAUCUGGAGAAGAGCUUUUAAUGGGAUAUGUCAACACUUUGGCGCCAACAGAGUUACGAAAGGCGGAACUCUUAGAAGGAUACAUGUUUACUUGUACCUGUGAUGUUUGUUCUGGUAAACAGUUAAAUGACUUCUUGAUGAAGAGUAUAAAAUGUCAAUCACCGUGUACAUGUUAUCAGUCAUUAGUUGAAAUAUCAGGUUCUCCUUCACCGAAAGUGUGUUCCUGCAAAAAAAAUUGUAUUUCUGAUGAAGAUUUUAUAAAAGUUGCUAGCAUUUGCUCUGAUGAGCUAGAAGCUUUAUACAAUGAUAUCAAAGUUAUACCCACCCAUGAGCAACAGAAAAAACUUGAGACAUUGAUCAAAAGAGGAGAAAAGUUACUUGGUCCAUUAAAUAUAUCAUUGGUUCGUUGUUAUGAAGUAGCAAUGGACGGCUGUUUGGAACAAGGAUUGUGGCAAAAAGCUUUAGAUUACAGCAAAAAGCUAGAAAAGCCAUAUCAAAUGUAUUUGUCCAAAUAUCACCCAACCAUCGGAUUGCACUGUUUCAAACAAGGAAAACUUGAAAUGCAAAUCGAUAAUGUUAGAGAAGCCAUUGCAAGCUUUCAGAAAGCAGAAAAGGUUUUAAAAAUUUCACAUGGAAGUAAUCAUGAGUUGUUGCAGAUGUUGCGUACAUCUCUUGCAGAAGCAUCUCAAGAAAUGGUUGAGCGUCAAAAUUAUGAGAUCAUUGAGCGGAUGUACAAUGGAGAAGAGUAGAUUUGUAACUUAUGUAAAAAAAGUGUGUAUAUUUUUGAAGUUAACGCUAAGAAGUUUUUUUGUGACAUUGUAAAUGCAACUGACAGUUUAAAUUCUUAAAGAUUGACUUUUCGUAUCUUUUUACUUUUUCCAAAACAAAUAUUUCCUUUUGGAAAAAAGCUUCUUAUGUUAUGUUCCUUGUUUGUAGUAUAUUUUUUUUAUUCAUUGCAAAAAAAAAAUUAGAUACUUUAUGUGCUAUGAACUCUAAGUGAUGUUAUUUCAGGUUUCAUAAGCUUUGAUUUUGCUUAGAAUAGAAUAUUUCGUUAUUUUUUUGUCAUGAUUUACUAUCUAGGAAAUUUUGUAAAUAUUUUUUGUUUUUUAGAUAAUUCUUUUUUUUUGGUUAGAGAGUUUUCUGUUUCUUUACAAUUUAUGGAAAUAGUUAGCCACUGUAUUUUGUAACAAAUUGUCGAUGAGCUGAUUUUUUAUGAAUGACAAACCAAUCAGAAUAGUAAAUAGGAAUAGUAAAAAAUAUUGAUUAUUAACUUACUAAAAUAGAAAAUUUUAUUUCCUCGUUAGCUUACUAAAAUCAAGA